AUGGCAUACCAAGACGUGCAUGAUAACGAUCCGGGCCAGUUAUCCAGUGGUAGAUCAAGCAGCCGGUCGCAUCAAUCGUCAGUUGGAAUUAACUUCAGUUUCAACUUAUCAGAUGGUGCAGCAGGUCGUGAUUUUUCACUUUUUCCGUGGCCAGAUCACAUUCCAUUUAUUCUUCCGCCAUAUCUGUUUGAUUGGAUUGAUGUUAUAGGUGACGGUAAUUGUGGAUUUAGAGCUAUUGCCGCCACAGAGUUAGGGGGUGAGGAAGCAUGGCCUCUGUUACGACGUGCAAUGAGUUUGGAAAUGGAAACGCAUAGAGAACAAUAUGCACGCUUAUAUUUAUCAGCAGAUUCGGUGGAGGAAGCUAUAUUCAGAGUUGGUGCCCAUAAUAAAGGACCUGCUCCGUACGAUCACUGGUUGGAAGCGACAACACUGUAUUCUGCAGCAACAUUUUUAAACAUAGCAAUUGCGUAUUAUGGCUCUGCGGAUGGUCAUCCAAUGUACAAUUUGCCGCCAGUCCAACAAAAUUGGAGAGCAGCUAACAAUUCAUGUGCAGAUUUAGAAAGACAAUAUCGUAAUAGGAUAUCACUUUGGAGUAGAAUGUGCAACAUACAACGACAACAGCAUAAUAACACCGCUGGAGACGCGGUGAAUUUAGAUUCUCCAUAG